AUUUGGAUAUGGAGUCCGUCAAGAUGAGAGCCAAAGAGGGGAUAAAGGAAUUUGGGGCGAAGACCCUGGGACAGAUGUACAAGGUGAUGGAGAAGCGACAGGGAACUGGUGAAGUUAUCGAAUUAACAGAGGAUGGCAGGCCCUCUGAGGCCCAGGAGAAGAAAGCACCCCUGUGCGACUGCACGUGUUUUGGGCUGCCCCGCCGAUACAUCAUCGCCAUCAUGAGCGGUCUAGGCUUCUGUAUCUCCUUCGGCAUCCGAUGCAAUCUGGGCGUGGCCAUCGUGGGAAUGGUCAACAACAGCACGAUUCACAAAGAUGGGAAGAUCAUCAUCACAGAGAAAGCAAAGUUCAACUGGGACCCAGAGACAGUCGGUAUGAUCCAUGGUUCGUUUUUCUGGGGCUACAUAGUGACGCAGAUCCCAGGAGGGUACAUAUGCUCGAGACUGGCAGCUAACAGGGUUUUCGGUCUUGCCAUUUUCCUUACCUCGACGCUCAAUAUGUUAAUCCCCUCGGCGGCACGGACGCAUUAUGGACUGGUCAUCUUUGUGAGAGUAUUGCAAGGGCUGGUGGAGGGAGUGACCUACCCAGCCUGCCAUGGGAUCUGGAGUAAGUGGGCUCCCCCUCUGGAGAGGAGUCGCCUGGCCACCACCUCCUUCUGUGGUUCCUAUGCUGGUGCUGUCAUAGCCAUGCCUCUAGCAGGAAUCCUGGUGCAGUACUCAGGCUGGUCCUCUGUGUUCUAUCUCUAUGGGUGCUUUGGGAUCUUCUGGUAUGCGUUCUGGAUCCUUGUGUCGUAUGAAAGUCCUGCUGUGCACCCUACCAUCACCCAGGAGGAACGAGUCUACAUAGAGGAGAGCAUCGGGGAGAGUGCCAAGCUCAUGGGCCCUGCUGAGAAAUUUAAGACCCCCUGGAAAAAGUUCUUCACCUCCAUGCCUGUCUAUGCAAUCAUCGUGGCCAACUUCUGCAGAAGCUGGACCUUCUACCUACUGCUUAUCAGUCAGCCGGCCUACUUUGAGGAGGUGUUUGGGUUUGAGAUAAGCAAGGUUGGCAUGGUGUCUGCCCUGCCCCACUUGGUGAUGACAAUCAUUGUGCCCAUUGGAGGGCAGUUGGCUGACUACCUACGCAGCAGGAACAUCCUGUCUACCACUACAGUCAGGAAGAUCAUGAACUGUGGAGGGUUUGGCAUGGAGGCUACGCUGCUGCUGGUGGUGGGAUUUUCCCACACCAAAGGGGUGGCUAUUUCCUUCCUGGUCCUUGCUGUGGGCUUCAGUGGAUUUGCCAUAUCAGGAUUCAACGUCAAUCACUUAGACAUUGCUCCACGCUAUGCCAGUAUCCUUAUGGGCAUAUCUAACGGUGUGGGCACCCUGUCUGGCAUGGUAUGCCCAUUGAUCGUAGGUGCCAUGACAAAAAACAAGACUCGAGAAGAGUGGCAGUGGGUGUUCCUCAUCGCUGCUCUGGUUCACUACGGGGGAGUCAUCUUCUAUGGCAUCUUUGCCUCUGGAGAGAAGCAGCCGUGGGCCGACCCAGAGCUGACCAGCGAUGAGAAGUGUGGCUUCAUCGAUGAGGAUGAGCUGGCAGAGGAGACGGGCGACAUCACCCAGAGUUACGGUGCCCUGGGCGGCGGUCCGGCCAAAACGUACGGUGCUACUACGCAGAACGGGGGCUGGGCUAACAGCUGGGAUAAGAAGGAGGAGUUUGUCCAGGAAGAGGCAGAGGGAGGGCCGUAUGGCUACAGGCAGGACCAGGACUACUCCUAGAGACAGCAGACUCACUGACCAUCAAACGGUAGACUUAUUUUGUAUUGUUCACCAGUUUAGACGAAACAAGUCAAAAACCAAACAAAAAAGAUAACAAUCCAUUGUUGUAUGUUUGCACAAAUUCAAAUCAUAAUUUCAAAAGAUAAAAUUUGUUCAAAAGAUGAUUUUAUUGUACAAAUAAAAAUAAUAAUAUAGAGAUGUAGCACAUCAAAUUACCAGAUCUAUUUGUAAAUGUAAUAUGCAUAUAAAUUAUAGAUAUAUUUAUUUGGAGUGCAAUUGUGUGUAAGUGUGAACCAUUUCCACCUCAUCAAUCUGAGCUUCUUCAUUCUGGAGAAGCCUGUUAUGUACGAUCAGACAAGAUUUAACUGGCUUCCUGGAUCAUCAUGCCUAACUGGUUCUUAUUACAACUCCUCAUGAGCCAGCCAUUGCCGUGUAAAAGAAACAUGUCACUGUAAAAAGGGGACUUAACCAGGAAUGAGACUGUAUGUCUUAGGUUGUACAGUAUCUCUUCUGAAUGCACUGAAAGUAGUGUCCUUUUAAUGCAUAAUAUAAUUAUCUUUUUUUAUUAUGUGUUUGUAUAACUGUCUUUAACACAGAGGCAUAAAGAUACAAUAAUGUUUUGAAGAACGACAUAACACUUUCGCCAGCUGAUGUAAAAGUCUCAAGAUGCAUAUGAAAGAAAAAAAUGACGAAGCGUUGCUCACGUGUUUACAGUGCCAUUUUGAGAGCUUGGGACUAUAUGGUUCUAUCUGCAUUUUCCCCCAAAAUGGAGUUAGUGACAUAGCCUUGUUCUGUUCAAUGUUCUCUACCUAUAUACCCCAAUUCAAGUUGUUAAGUUCAAAAGAAUGCAAGAUAAAAAUAGCGGACACCAUUCAAACCAAUGAGGAUUCGGAACUUUCAAGCCAAUUAUCUGUAAUGAACACGACAGAGAGCUGGUUUCAAGCGCAGGGUGCAGCAGGUGUUUAAUUGUAAAGGACCACAGGAAGAGGCAGGUAGCUGGGUCCAGGGACAGGCAGAAGGUCAUACACAGGGGGUCCAAAAGGCAACAGUACAGGCAGGGAAAAGGCUAGUAACGUCGUCCGGGAGAUCAGGCAGUAGGUUGAUAACAGGAAAUCCGAUGGGCUAAAGUACAGGCAGGGAAUAGGCAAAAGGCAUCCUUAGUGAGGCAGGCCAAAACUAUCAUACACGGGAGGAUUACAUUAUGGGAAAACCAGCACUCCCAAUAGAAGUGUGUCACAAAACAAACAAUACCUCACAAUGAUGGGGUGCAAAGAACUGAACUAAAUAGUGUGUGAUAAUGACAUACAGGUGUGUGAACAGGUGAUCAGAAUUCAGGUGAUUGCGAUCUGGAGAGUGAGCUGCGUUCAGGGGAUCUAUGUGUUUGAGAGUGUGAGUUGGAAGCAGACAUUACAUUAUCUAAGAAUCAUCUUUUUGCAGAAAGAACCUUAUAGUCCCAAGCUCUCGAUUUCAUGCCGAUAACAAUGUUACAUCUUUUGUUAAAUGUUUAUGAUUGGAGGUUACAAACAUUCAUAACUCAGUUAUGUAAUUCUUAUGAUCAUUAUGUCAGUUUUAUUGUCUGGUCAAUUCAAGUCAUUUCAAGGCAUUUCAAUGAGAUUUGUUGUUGUUUAAAGGUAAAUGUUUGUCUGAGGUGACUAAAGAAAUAAAGCUAUGAUGUAUAAGAGCACAUGGACAAUAUAAAGAAAUUCUGCCCGGCACUAUCAAGGGCCUGUGCAAUGCAGAGAAAGACCAGCCAGCCAAUCCAGAAGUAGCCAAUCAGUAUAUCUACUGUACAGACAGUCCGUCAGCAGGAGAUAUGUUUUGUUAAUGAAAAGGGAACUGGGAUAGUGAUCCAGAUAGACAAUGUUGUUAAAGAAAACUAUACCUUGCAGUCCAGGAGGACAAUUAGCCAAGUUGGUGAGUGAGAUUCAUAUUACAUCUACUUGUAAAAACAUUAUAGCAUUACUGAAUUUAAAAAAACAUGACAGUAUAGCUGUUACUGCCUAUGUAAUGUAUGUCACAUUGAACGUUUACCAUUCCUAAAAGAGUAGGUAGACAAUCAAAAGAGCAGCAAGACAUGAUUUAGCCAGUGUGUAUAGAGUGGGAAUGACCAGUGUAGAGAUACUGGGUUCCAGUCAAUGAUUUAUAUAUACACUCGAUGAUUAACAGGGGCCUUGUUUAGAAGCCACCGUGCAUCCAUCUUGGCACUCCCGCACAUUGUAAAUAAAUAUUUUGGAAGCUAUAGAAAUGCAUUUAUUAUUGUAUACAUUUGUUUUUGCCACGUUUAUUCUAUUACAUAACAUUUAAUGAAUACUUUUAAAUAAUAUUAUGUGAGCUAAAAUUUGAUUUUAAAGAUAUAAAAACAUUUUCCUUAAAAGUAUACUUUUUUGAAAGUUCUAACGUUACUGUCCCCAAUACAACAACAAAAAAUACUUAAAUACAUACAAAUUUUGGCCUAUAAACAUUUAAUUAAAAAACUGUAGAAUUCCAUUCAUUCCAGUGGACCACUGCUCCUACUGGGGAGUGCCAAUAUGGCUGACCGGUGGCUUCAAAGCCUCUCAUUGGCCAGUAGAUAGCAUCAGCAAUCCAGGGUUUAUAUACAUCAUUGGUUUCAGUAGCGUGUCAGGGACCUAAACCUGCUUUUCACUGUCUGUCUGUGGAUACCUAAAGUCAGCACUUCACAAUGUAUUUAUGGAAAUGUAUUUAUGCAUGGAACAAAGCCGUAGUCUAAAUGUUUUAACUUUUUAUUUCUUUCACAAAAUGCAUUUUGUCUCUCAAACUGUUACUAAUGUGUCAAUUUCUUUGCACAAUUAACCAAAGGUAACGUGUCAAGCUGGGUUUGAACAGGAGGGCUAUAUACUAAGGGAAUUGCUGGACAUUGCAGUGAAGGCCUCUGUAGGCCUCUCCAGGUGGCGCUAACCAUACUCAGUGUACAAAGCAAUAAAUCCAUGGUAACAGUUGUUGUCAACCAUUGAAAAAUGUAAAACACUAGCAUAUGUAACUAGAGCAUUUCUUUUACGUUUCAAGUCGUGUUUUUUGUGAUAUCAAAUAUAGAAAAGAACAAACACAAGUACUUGUAAAUAUAAAACCUAUGUAGUUAGAUUCCUCCACACAGCUCUUUGACAUGCUGAUAAUGCAAGGAGUUUGUGAGGGGACUGCUCACCAGAAGAGAAUGAUAACGUGGGCCAUUCCUGUGACAUGGAUGAUGUCCUUCUCCAUAUCUCUAUGGUUCCACUCCUGUUGGUGUCUGCACAUCCGUUGUUGUUCUGUACAGUUUCCAGUGGUCGUUUUGGAGGGUUGUGCUAUUGUUCCGUUUUUUCUCUCUCUCUCUCUAAACCCUGUUGGUUUGAUUGAUGUGUGUUCUGCCAGUGGCUGGACCCCUAUUGCCCCCUUAACCAUCUGUCUCUAACUACCUAAACCCCUUCCACUGUUGCAAUAUUCAAUGACGUGAAGAUUGUCUGUAAAGGUGAUCUAACAUUUACAAAAAUGGCAGAUGUAUAACAUGAAGUAACGGUACCUUCUUCCUGUUUUGUGCCUCUGAGUGAAGUUACAGUGUGAUUCUAUGGCUUAUUUUGCUGUGUCAAUGGAGAGAUUUGUUGAUGUCAAAAUGAAAUGCUCUAUAUAUCCAUUUUAUAAAAAAACGAAUGAACAAACAUAA